CGAGCGCAGCUGCAUCUGACGCAGACACAAUCAGCGCGAGCGCCUGGACGCCGCUGAACGCCGGGAGCACCGCCAGAGCGCUGGACACGAGACGGACGACGCGUUCACACACUGCAGAGGAAGUGAGCGUCUUGCCCUCGUCUCAAGACGUCAGCACUGAGGCCACCAUGUCCUCCGAAGACCUUCCUCUGAUUUUCGAGCCGUUGGAGGCCGGAGCAUCAUCCGAACCGUCUGUCACCAUGACACCAACGGCCGUAACCGCGGGAGACGCAGAGCUGGAGCGGAUGGUGUCCAUGGAUACGGAUCGCACUUCCUCUGAUGUCCGUCUCUCAGGAACGCUGGAGACGUCUGGAGCGAGAGAGCCAAUCACAGAGUCCCAUCCGGCAGAGGAGCAUUAUGGGACGACACAACCAGGUGAUGACAUCACACAGGCUCUGGUGGUCUCUGAGGCCGUUCACUUACCAGCGUCAAAACCAAAGACAGACACGGAUGACCCCAAAAUGAAAGAGAAGCCCGAUGAAGAUGAAGAGGAUGAGGAGAUGGACUCUGAGGAGGAGGAGGAGAGUGAAGAGGACCUGACAGAGAGCACCGUAGCACCCCACAGAAGUCCGCCGUAUGGCCUGAUCCCUCCUCCUCCCGUCUGGGUGCAGCGGAACCAGGGCCUGGUGCGGAGCUGGGUUGAGCUUAUCAGAGAAAAGGCUGGUUAUGUGUCGGGGAUGUUGGCUCCGGUCGGGAUUGGAAUAGCCGGAGCUCUUCUGCUGUUCGGUACUCUGUACAGCAUCAGAGUGAUCCAUCGCAAGAGGAGGAACAGCUUCAAACACCAGAGGAGGAAGGUAACGUAA